AUACCUAUUGUAAUAUUAUUUUUGGCUAUCAUGUACAAUGUACACUCAAAUUGAGUAUCAAUCACUGUAGUACCAAACUAGUUAUUUUUCUGUUUUCUGCACAGAAAUACACUAAAAAGUUUCUUAGUCUUACAUAAUUCCUGAAAUAAGCUACAUUCAUUAUUUAUUUUUAAAAUGGUUACUCAAGGCGAUAAUAAAAAUACAAGAUUCUUUAGAAAUUAUAAUGGUAGAAAAUCAAAUGAUGAGUUCCAAAGACUAUCUAAAUGCUUGGCAUAUAUCUUACGCUAUGGCGCUCACAAAGAAGGUUUACAUGUGGAUGAUCAUGGUAAGUAUUUGACAUUGAUUAUGGCCUAUUAAAUUGAGAUGUGUGUUCAAAAUCUCUGUCCUUUUUUAUGUUAUGAAACCAAAAACAUUUUAUCAUGGAAGCCUGAAAGUUUGAAUAAGGAAAGAAAGUUAAAAUCAAUAUUUUUGGGAAAUUUUGCCUUAAGUUAAUGAAAUGAUAACCAAAUAUUUAUGAAUAAAAAUAAACCAAUUCAUAGGCCUUCAAUUUUUGAGAAUCUCUUCAAGUGUUUAGUAAAUGGACUACUUACUUAUUAGGGUAACUUUUUUUAAAUUAGGUUAUGUUGACCUAGAUGAGCUUUGUACAGUUGACUUGCUCAAAUCUUAUAAAAGAGAUAAAGUAUUAGAGAAUGUUCAAUCAUCUGUUUCAUAUCGCAAUACUCAGCGAUAUGAAUGGAAGGAAAGAGAUGGCUAUACUUUCAUCAGGGCAGCUUAUCUCAGGAAUUUUGAGAAAGUGAGUUGCAUGUAUUUAAAAUUCUUGGAUCCACAUUGUCAUUUAUUUAAACAUGCACCAUAGUCAAUAUGGGCUUCCAAAUGUAUUAAAAUUUGAUGGAAAUACUAUUUUUUUAGUGCUCAAAGUUAUAAAAGUUUAUUAUAUGCUCUCUAGUACUGGUGAAUACUACUCAGUUUAAAUUAAUAUUAGGAUUAAACGGAAAUAAAAAAAAAAAUUUUGUCUUUUAGAAUCCAUAUCACUUGGGCACCAAGGUUCCUACCCUUUAUGAAUCAUCCAUAAAUUAUAUCAUCAACCAUUUGGAUGAGUAUGAUCUGCAGGAUUUUACAGAAGAACAAAUCAUUAGGCAUGAUUUUAUUCAUCUCACCAUUUUCUUUAUUAUUACCUCUAAUAAAAUUUAAACAUUCUUUUUAAUUUUAAAAUUAAAUAAAAGCAGUAGACUUAUCAACUUUCAACUCUUUCAUUUAUUUCCAUGUGUUAGAUGAAAAUUUAAUUCAGAGUUUAAUCAUGUGUGCCUAGAAAAGAAUUUAAAUUUAAGACUACCAGGACAGUCUUUUUACAAAUAAAAAUUAUCAGCAUAUUUAUCCAACUAGAAAUAACCCGCCAAAAAAUGGCGAUGGUAAUGCCGAAGUUCCCAUCUACAAAGCUACUUGACAAAACAUGUGUUAAGUAAUGAAAUUUAUAAGAAUCCCAAUUAGUGCUACUUCUUGGGAUUUUAUAUUGCGCACCUAUUGAACACAGCCAUACAUAAAUACCUAGAUAAUGAUUAUUUGCGAUAGUUUAUUAAAGUACUUGUACAAAAGCAGCUCUAAGAAUGCCAGUUAUUAAAGCAUUAAUUCUUUGAAAACCCUUUUAGUCCAGUUAACAUUUUCAAUAAAGUUUUAGGGAUUUUAGAAUUAAAAUUAUCUUAAAAAAUCUGAGGUAAUUUUUAAAAUCUAUUUUACUACUUUUCUAUCUUUUAAUGUUUUUCAGAAAUAUGAUUCGUUGCCUAAAGCAACAAAAAAGACUAACUAGUAAAUCUUUGCAAACAUUGCUGGUCCCUACAGUUACACAGUUGGAUAUGGAAGAUGUUUAUCUGACAAAAAAAAUACUAAGUACCAUCUGGACACAAUGUCCAAACCUUGUUGCCAUCAGCUUAAAAGGUUGUGGAUACCUCAUAACAGAUAAUGUUCUUAAUCAGUUUGUGCAGGUCGGUGUAAUGGAUUUACUUUAAAUUGUAAUCAGACUAGAUGAAAUUAUGUUAAUGUUAAGAUUUUCCAUAGUUUAAUAGCUAUCCUGCGAUGCCAUACUGACCCUUUCAUGAUUCAAAGCUAUGUAAUCAUGUCCAUCAACAAGGUAAGUCUCUUUUUUUCCUCUCUUAUAAAUAAUGAAAAACCUGGAUAGGUUUCUGACAUUAUAUUGAUUUGUCAUUUCAAGUUCAAAUCAUCCCUGUUUUCAGUUAUUUUACAUAUUUUAAUUAGUUGAACUUUUUCAUUUUCGUUUCAGAAUUUACCAAAACUGGAACGUUUAAACUUAUGCUCCUGUACCCAUCUCACGUCAAAAUGUUUAUCAAUCUUGUCUAAAUGGUUAGUCCACCUGCAGGUACUACACAUUACCUCAGUCCCCUCCCUCACAUUUUCUUCUGUUCAAAAUUUUCUUCAAAGUGCCAGUGAACUGAAAUUUGUAGAUGUUUUUUAUCUCAAAACAACAUCAGAACAAUACACAGCACUUAUGGAGACUGCAAAACGCAAGGAAAUAAAAAUUAUACUGAGAGACCCAAAGAAAAAAAUACUUGAAGGCCAAUCAGAAUGUGAUUUUGGACCCCCGGACAGCGCAUGAUAAUGAAAAUCAAUCUGGUGAAGAAAGUCCAAAUAAUGAGGAAUUACCAAUUUCUGACGAGAGCUCCUCAAGCGAGGAACCUUUCCAUUUUGAUUAGUCAACAAUUUAGGACUUGAGGUUGUAUAAAAUGUCAAUAAAUUGAAUGCACAUUCGUGAAUGAAAUAAAUGAGAGAUUUAUUACAAAUCAUAUGAAAUAUAAACUGAUUACAUUAUGGAAAAUGAUCAUGGAUGUUUUGCUGAAAAUUUAAGCAGCAGAGGUAUAACAAACAAUUUUUUUUCCCUUAGUAACAAGUCAUUCAGUAUAUAAAAUAUUUCUAAGUGUCAUAAUUUAAUAUUAGUAGUGAAAACUUCAUUGGUUAAUCAGAUUAUACAUCUUAAAUCAUCUGCACUUUGUUCAUUUAUUUUAUUAGACAUCCAUUCACUAUUUCUAUUAAUCAAAAUUAUAUGAUAGUCACUAGGCUACUAUUUAAUGGAAUUAAUACAAGUGAAUCAACAUAUACUCUGAAAUGUUAUUUGAAAUACAUUUUAUUUAUAUCGGAAUAAUUUUCUGAUAGUGGCCUAGGCUUAAGAGGCAUAUGAAUCACAUCAUGGUAAAAAAAAAAAAAAAGAAGAUAUGAAUGCUUGAUGGGUUUAAAGAAAA